GAAAAACACUUGACAGUGUUUCGCACAUAAAAUCUUUCCCUCUUUGCCUCUUUCGAGUCUCUCUCUCUCUAUCUAUUCUCUUUCUGAAUUCCCAAAAUCAGAUCAAACCCUAAUUCCCCAAAUUCUCACCGUUUUCAAUCCAAAUCGGAUCUCUCUUUGGAGUUCUUUCAUAUGAAUUCGCAUAUGAGCUGAAAAUUGUCAUUGAUCUUUGUUUGCUUUUGACACUGUAUCGAUAGGUAAGUUGAUAGGCAUUUUGGAGGAUUAGGAACGGUAAAUUUUGCGAAUAAUCAAAUGGCGUGUAUAAAGGGGGUGAAUAGAUCGGCGUCAGUGGCGCUGGCACCUGACGCGCCGUACAUGGCUGCGGGGACGAUGGCUGGGGCGGUGGAUCUAUCCUUCAGCUCAUCGGCGAAUCUCGAGAUCUUCAAGUUUGAUUUCCAGAAUGACGAUCGCGAGCUUCCCGUGGUAGGCGAGUGCCCAAGCUCAGAGCGAUUUAACCGCCUCGCUUGGGGUAAGAACGGAUCCGGUUUUGAUGAGUUCUCACUCGGGCUCAUUGCUGGUGGCCUCGUUGAUGGAAACAUUGAUCUUUGGAAUCCCUUAUCCCUGAUCCGUUCUGAGGCAAGUGAACAAGCUCUUGUUGGACAUCUUUCAAGGCAUAAAGGGCCUGUUCGUGGUCUUGAGUUCAAUGCCAUUGCUCCAAACCUACUAGCAUCUGGGGCUGAUGAUGGUGAAAUCUGCAUUUGGGAUUUGGGAGCACCGGCACAACCCUCUCAUUUUCCGCCUCUUAGGGGUAGUGGUUCUGCUUCUCAAGGUGAAAUCUCAUUUCUUUCUUGGAAUAGCAAGGUUCAACAUAUAUUGGCAUCAACUUCCUAUAAUGGAACAACUGUUGUUUGGGACCUGAAGAAGCAAAAACCCGUGAUAAGCUUUGCAGAUUCAGUUAGAAGACGGUGCUCUGUUUUGCAGUGGCAUCCUGAUGUUGCCACUCAACUUGUUGUUGCAUCAGAUGAAGAUGGUUCACCCGCUCUAAGGCUUUGGGAUAUGCGGAAUAUAAUGUCACCAGUGAAGGAGUUUGUUGGGCACACAAAAGGUGUAAUUGCAAUGGCAUGGUGUCCCUCUGACAGCUCUUAUUUGCUCACAUGUGCAAAAGAUAAUCGGACUAUUUGUUGGGAUACGAUUACUGGAGAGAUUGUCUGUGAAUUGCCUGCUGGUAGCAACUGGAAUUUUGAUGUGCACUGGUAUCCGAAGAUACCUGGAGUAAUAUCAGCAUCUUCCUUUGAUGGCAAAAUUGGCAUUUACAAUAUUGAGGGUUGCAGCCGAUAUGGUGUUGGGGAGGGUGAUAUUGGUGCAGUGCCUUUGAGAGCUCCAAAAUGGUAUAAACGUCCUGUUGGGGCAUCUUUUGGCUUUGGAGGAAAAAUUGUCUCGUUUCACCCCCGGACAUCUUCUUUAGGUACAUCUGCACCAUCGGAGGUUUUCUUGCAUAACUUAGUUACUGAAGAUAGUUUGGUCAGCCGGUCAUCUGAAUUUGAAUCUGCGAUACAAAAUGGGGAGAGGUCUUCGUUAAGGGCAUUAUGUGAAAAGAAAUCCCAAGAGUCUGAAUCUCAGGAUGAUCAAGAAACGUGGGGCUUCUUAAAGGUGAUGUUUGAAGAUGAUGGGACAGCUAGGACAAAGUUGCUCAUGCAUCUUGGUUUUAGCCUACCUGCUGAAGAAAAAGAUACAGUACAAGAUGACCUCUCUCAGAGUGUGAAUGAUAUUACACUUGAGGAUAAAGUGACAGAAAAAGUGGCCCAUGAGAGUGAGAAAGAAGCUACCCUCUUUGGUGCUGAUAAUGGGGAGGAUUUCUUCAACAAUCUUCCAAGUCCCAAAGCUGAUACACCUGUUUCAACUUCUGAAAAUAAUUUUGCUGUUGAGAACGUAGUUCCUAGUGCAGAUCUAAUACCUCAAGAAUCAGAUGGUCUGGAGGAAAGUGAAGAUCCAUCAUUUGAUGAUGCUGUUCAACGUGCUUUGGUGGUGGGUGACUAUAAGGGAGCAGUUGCUCAGUGCAUUGCAGCAAAUAAGAUGGCUGAUGCUUUAGUUAUUGCCCAUGUUGGUGGUGCUUCCUUAUGGGAGAGCACACGUGAUCAGUAUCUCAAGAUGAGCCGUUCACCAUACCUGAAGGUUGUCUCUGCAAUGGUGAACAAUGAUCUUAUGAGCCUUGUGAACACCAGGCCUUUGAAAUUCUGGAAAGAAACACUUGCACUCCUCUGUACCUUUGCCCAGAGAGAGGAAUGGACAGUACUCUGCGAUACACUUGCUUCAAAACUAAUGGCUGCUGGUAAUACUCUGGCAGCAACUCUCUGUUACAUAUGUGCGGGAAAUAUUGAUAAAACAGUAGAGAUUUGGUCAAGGUGCCUGACAACUGAACAUGAUGGAAAAUGUUAUGUUGAUCUUCUCCAGGAUUUGAUGGAAAAGACCAUUGUCCUUGCUUUGGCAACCGGCCAGAAGCGAUUUAGUGCAUCUCUUUGCAAGCUUGUUGAGAAAUAUGCUGAAAUUUUGGCUAGUCAAGGGCUUUUAACAACAGCAAUGGAGUACUUGAAACUUUUGGGGUCGGAUGAGUUGUCACCCGAACUUGUGAUCUUAAAAGAUCGUAUUGCACUUUCUACAGAACCUGAGAAAGAAACUAAAUCUGCUGUUUUUGAUAACUCUCAUUUGACAAGUGGAUCAGCCUUUGAGUCUCCACAACAUAUAUAUCAGAAUCAAGCUGCAACAGAUAUUCAGCCAAAUGUUCAUAGUGCUUUUGAUGAAAAUUAUCAGCGUUCUUUUUCUCAAUAUGGAGGAUAUGCACCUGUUGCAUCAUAUCAACCUCAACCGCAGCCUGCCAAUAUGUUUGUCCCAUCUGAAGCUCCUCAUGUUUCCUCGACAAAUUUUGCUCCUCCACCUGGCACCACUCAGCCUGCUGUUAGACCCUUUGUUCCUUCAAAUCCUCCUGUUUUAAGAAAUGCAGAUCUAUACCAGCAGCCAACUACCUUGGGUUCUCAGUUAUAUCCUGGUGGAGCCAACCCUACUUAUCCUGUACCACCAGGGGCUGGUUCACUUGCACCUGUUCCAUCACAAAUGGGAUCAGUUCCUGGCCUCAAAAUGUCCCAAGUCGUAGCUCCCACCCCAACACCUAGGGGAUUUAUGCCGGUGACCAACACACCUGUUCAAAGACCUGGGAUGAGCCCAAUGCAACCACCCAGCCCUACACAGUCAGCACCAGUACAACCAGCUGCACCACCUGCUGCUCCCCCACCAACUGUGCAGACUGUUGAUACUUCAAAUGUACCUGCCCACCAGAAGCCUGUAAUCACAACCUUAACUAGACUUUUCAAUGAGACGUCUCAAGCACUGGGAGGCACACGUGCAAACCCAGCUAAGAAGCGUGAAAUAGAAGACAAUUCAAGGAAAAUAGGUGCCUUAUUUGCCAAACUCAACAGUGGAGACAUUUCAAAAAAUGCUUCUGAUAAGCUUAUUCAGCUCUGCCAGGCUUUGGACAAUAAUGAUUUUGGUACAGCUCUACAAAUCCAGGUUCUUCUCACUACUAGCGAGUGGGAUGAGUGCAACUUUUGGCUUGCAACCCUCAAGCGGAUGAUCAAGACAAGGCAGAGUGUAAGAUAAUCGGAAGAAGGCACAAAAUCUUCAAACAUGGAAAUCCUCAGUCUGCUUAUUUUUCUUUUGUGCGGUAAACACCCUUGGGGCACCGAUAAAUACCUUGAUGUACACAAGAAUGGCUUUUCUUGAUUGUUGCUGCAGGAUUUUGGUUCUUUUGGUCCAUUACAUGCUCCUGCUAGGUAUUGACCUGGCUGUCCGAAAGCAGUUAGUGGAAACAGUUUUUCAGGUUGAUUAUUUCUCAUUAGACAUUUUGUAGUAUUGAGAAGUAGGGUUGGGUCAUUUAGUUCAGUUUUCACCUUAAACUUUAUUUUAUCUUUUUUGGGGCCGAAAUUUCAUUAGCAAGCGAAUUGAACCUGGAUAUGCUGUUGUUACAUUGUUUGGUUUCUGCAUGGCCGUUAGUUGUACAACCCAUAUGUUUCUUUUUUGAUCAUUCUAAUAUGAAACCAGAAAGUUUUUAAUAAGAUGCUUAUGAUUUCCUUUGACAA